AUGACAACUGGCCAAAGUGGGCACGAUCAUUCUCUUGCAAUUCGACAGGAAAUUCAACGUUUCGAAAGUGUUCACCCAUCGAUAUAUGCCAUUUAUGAUCUAAUAGAUCUUAUAUCAGAUACGCAUAUUUCUAAACAAAUACGUGAACAUGUCGUUGCUAUAGAAGAUUCAUUUGUGAAUAGUCAUGAAUGGACAUUGGCUAGAGAUGUUCCAGAAUUACAUUUAGGAAUUAUCGGUUCAUCUGAUUCAGGGAAAUCAGCAUUAGUUCAUAGAUAUUUAACUGGUUCGUUUAUGCACGAAGAAUCUCCAGAAGGUGGACGUUUUAAAAAAGAAGUAUUUAUCAACGAUCAAAGUUAUUUGCUUUUAAUAAGGGAUGAAGGAGGAGUACCAGAAACACAGUUUUCUGCAUGGAUAGAUGCACUAUUAUUAGUAUUUAGUUUGGAAAGCGAAGAAAGUUUUUCAAUACUAUGUCAUUUUUAUAAUAGAAUGUGCUCUUUUCGAAAUAUGUCUGAAAUACCAAAAAUACUUGUAGGAGUACAAGAUUCAAUUAAUGAUAGUAAUCCGCGUGUAAUAAAGGAUGUAAGGCCACGAAAAUUAGCAUGUGAUUUAACAUGUCCAUAUUAUGAAACAUGCGCUAUUUAUGGUUUAAAUGUUGAAAGAGUUUUUCAAGAUGUCUGUCAAAAAAUUAUUCAAAGUAUAUCUAUGAAAAACUUUAGAUGCAAUGGUCAAUAUUCUAUUGAAAACGAAAUAAAAUACCCUGUACCAAUGACUCCAAAAAAUGUACAAUUGGUUACGAAAGAAAUGGAUAUGACAAAUUCAUUAAAAGUAGAUGGAUCUGAAAAAGAUGAAGAUUCUAGAUCUAUUCAUAAUAGUAAUAUACAAACUGAAUCAGGAAUGAAUGAUGGUUUUCAUAAUACACAGAAUCAACAUGGAGAGUUACGAUCUUCUAUUUUAACUCCAACUACUAUUAGAAAAUUUAGAAGAAAGUCUAAUAUAUUUACCCCAUCAAAAAAAGAAAAAUAUAACAUGGGUGAAAUGGGUGUUGGUAGAGAAAUACCAGUUAAACAAGGUUAUUUAUUUAAAAGAAGUAGUAAAUCUUUAAAGGAAUGGAAAAAGAAAUACGUUACAUUAUUGGAAGAUGGACGUUUAACUUAUCAUUCAAGUUUACAUGAUUAUAUGAAUGAUAGUAAUGGUAAAGAAAUAUUGUUACAAUAUGUAACUGUAAAAGUGCCUGGAAAAACCCCAAAAGGUUCAAAAUUAUCAAAUACUCAAGAAGAUAGUUUUGAAUUUUCAAUCAUCUCGUUAGAAAAUAAAACUUGGCAUUUUGAAGCUAAUAAUGCUGAAGAUAGAGAGAGCUGGAUUUCUGCUAUAGAACAACAAAUACUUUCUAGUUUACAAAAUAGUGAUGGUGAGAAAAAGAAUGAGACAGAUGCUUUUAAAAUGCAUUGUAUAAAAAAUAAAGUCUCUGGAAAUGAUGCAUGUGUCGAUUGUGGUGCACCUAAUCCCGAUUGGGCUAGUUUAAACUUAGGUGUGCUGAUGUGCAUUGAAUGUUCUGGUAUACAUAGAAAUUUAGGAUCACAUAUUUCUAAAGUUAGAUCAUUAGACUUGGAUGAUUGGUCCGCAGGUCAAUUAAGUGUAAUGUUAGCUCUUGGCAAUGACAUAGCAAAUAGUAUUUGGGAAUAUUGUUUAAAUGGAAAACAGAAACCAAACCCAGAGUCAACAAGAGAAGAAAAAGAACAAUGGAUACGAUGGAAAUAUGAAGACAAAUCCUUUUUACCACCAAUUAAUCCAAAUAUUUCUUUAGGGAAGUUACUUAUUGAUUCUGUUUGCCGGGGUGAUAUGAGGGCAUUUACUUUAUGUUUAGCUAGAUGUAAUUAUGAAGAUAUUAAUAUCUCUGUCAGCACGGAAGAUUUACGAACACCACUUCAUUUAGCUUGUGCAACAGGAAAUUUAGCUAUGGCUCAACUUUUAAUUUGGCACAAGGCAAAUCCUCAAAACUUAGAUCAUGAAGGACGAACAUGCAUGUCUUAUGUACGAGCGCUUGAACGAACACUUGACAAUUCCUCAGAUUCUAUGGAAAUGCAGAAACUUCUUGAGGUAUUGGAACAAGCUAGUAUUUCUGGUAUAGAGGAUGUAGAAACAUCUCAGUAUUAGAAUUUUAAUAAUACUUUAAUAAAAUAAAUCUUAUGUACUUAUUGUAUAAAAAUCUAUACAAUAUUGAUUUUUA